GUUUGUUUCUUUCAGUGGCAGAAGCCAUGCGGGGUUUCUGGGGUUGCUAGCACGCUUAAACUUUAGAACAAGGAGAGCUCAUCAAUAUUUUUGUUGAGCGAUUUUGAGGUGGUCCAGUAAUGGCGGCAAGCGUCUGUGCAAGCGGUGCUGCGCUCAGGGCAGGAUUGCCCAGCGUCUCCUCUCGGCAGCAACCGGUUGCCAAGCAGUCCUUUACCCCUCUGCUUAGACCCCUCAGCACCACACGGCAGCAUAGACUUCCUGCCCUUCAUAAAGCGCCCCUGUCCAGCUCUCUCUUCUCUGGCAGCCAGCUGAAUGGCGCGCACGCCAGCAGUUUCAUGGCAGGGCCGAACCCUUUUGCUGCCGAGCUGAAGCGGACGCAGGCUAAGAGGCUCAGGGCGCCGCGAGCUGUGGGUGCGCGCGCAUCCCUAAUAGCUCGGUGGAAGACGCAGUGGAUUCGGGAGGGGAACAAGCCGUUCCCUACGAUGAUGGAGAAGCCAUUCUUCUUCUGGCGGAUUCUGGCAAUUCUGCCGUACCUGCCGUCCAUCUUUGAGGGGACGCUGUCUAUCGCUUACAGCGGGAAGUUUGGCGCUGAGGCGAUGGAUGCGGUGACGCCGAUUGCGACCGUGCUGGAGUGGUACUCAAAAAUCCCGAUCAUCCCGAUGGCUGUCUUCUUCCUGCUCUUCUUCACGAUCAUCCAGAACACCAAGAUGCCGCACUUUGUGCGGUGGCACACGCUGCAGAGCGUGCUGUGCGAGAUCGUGCUCACGAUCCGGGUGUUCGUGCAGCAGAUUCUCCCGCCUACUUAUAUCAUUGCGACGUUCACAGAGACCAUGUUCUACCUGGGGUUCUUUGUCUGGUUCUGCUCCAUGUACUCGGCUCUCCACGCUGCGUUCGGGUUGUACGCAGACAUCCCGUUCCUGUCGGACGCCGUAUACAUCCAGGUGCCAAUGGGGACGCAAAAGGCGCAGGAGAAGGACGAAGAGCCGGAGGAUUAGGGGUCAUUUGUACUUGCUGGGAAAAGCAGGCGGAAGAUGCUGGGGCGCAGGAUGUUGACUAGUGGGGCACAGGGAGAAUUAGGGGCGCGUCAGUUGUAAUGGAAGUCGGCCCUUGCUGGGAGCAUGAUGUUGAGAAGCGAAGGGCAACUCAAUCUAGUGGUGUAGAGGAGUUUGCAAAGGCAGGCAGAACAGGUCGGUGGCUGGGUGUUAGAGAUUACAGCAUAGACAAUUGCGCAAGACGAUUGUUGAUGGGGGAGAGUAUUGAAGUGAAAGGUUGUGAUGGGAAAGCAACAGUGGCCCCGGUCAUGUGGGGUUGAGCAGCAAAGCCGGGAGGGGAGGGGCAGAAGGUGCUGCUUGAGGGGUGAGCUUAAGCGAAAGCACCCAACUUGUCCCGCCAUGUCUGCAUGAAACGUGCUGAGAAGAGGCUUGCAGGGUUUAUCUAUAGAAGGCUGACAAUUCAAAAGGCGUUUUACCAUAGCGAAGUCGAUGUUACCAUUUUUGCUCAAAUCAACGGACUCGGGAAGAGGCAACAAACAGAUUUCUGUCAGUAGUGCGCUCGCUAUGCUGGUGCAAAAUCUUGCGAAUGUGACUUUGGCCGUUCCUUGUCUGCCGCAGCCAUUCUUUGCUCCUUAUCAAAGUGCCGGGUGCAGCUCCUAGCUGAUUUGUCGAC